CUCGAUCAAUUUUUUUUUCUUUCUUCGCUUCCCCUAUAAAAUGGGAAGCUGGUGUUCAGAAGGAGCACAGUUCUCCUCUGCUAUCUCGAGCUCCAACAACAACAGCAUCAUUUUGCAAGCAUGAAAUUCUUGGUCAUUGUACUGCUGGUGGCUUCGGCUUCAGCCGCUCCUCAACUGGGACUUGGUGGACUUGGAGGUCUCGGAAGUGGAGGCCUUGGAGGCCUUGGAGGACUUGGAAGCCUUGGAGGAGGAGGCCUUGGGGGACUUGGAAGCCUUGGAGGCCUUGGAGGAGGAGGCCUUGGGGGACUUGGAGGAGGACUUGGCCAAGGACUUGGAGGCGGACUUGGAGGACUUGGAGGAGGCCUCGGUCAAGGACUUGGAGGCGGACUUGGAGGACUUGGAGGAGGACUCGGCCAAGGACUUGGAGGCGGACUUGGAGGACUUGGAGGAGGACUCGGCCAAGGACUUGGAGGCGGACUCGGAGGACUUGGAGGAUUUUAGAUAAUGCAGAUGUAUCUAACUCUUAAAAUGUGACAAAAGUUCUUCAUGAAAUUCCUCGACUUUUGAAAUAUAAAAUUUUGAGUGUCUUUUGGGUUGUCAGAUUUGCUUUUUGAUAUAAAUUUUAAUAUUUUGGGGAGCAGAAUACAAAAUUCUUAUUGUAAUUAUAAAGGGAAUUCAAGCAUAACCAUAUUAAGGGCUUGCCAUGUAUAUGACUUAGAUUUCUAUCAUUCUUAUGUAAAUCAUAAAGCUUGUGAAAGCAGCUUUACCUUUCUCUUCUGAAAUCAAGAUAAAGUCUAGCUAACAAAAGAAUUUCCGAUGCUUAAAUGUUUCUAAUAUAUUUCAUAUCCCAUUACAAUGCCUUAUAUUUUGUAUGCAAAGAAAUGUAAGAGUUUAUUUUUCUAAAAUACAUCAGAUUUUAACCUCAA